CACACCUCGAUGUCCCUCUGCACCGGCAGCCUCGUCGGCCUCCGCCUGGCAGCCGCGGGCGGCGCCGGACGUGCCAGCGCCGUGCUGCGCCUUGGCCUGCGCGCCGCGCCGCAGCUCGGCGCUGCCGCUCCUGUGCGGCGAGCACUGCUGCACACCUCGCCGUGCCAGCCAGCACUGCGUCUCGGCCUCAGCGCUGCGCCGUCUGCUCGCUCCUCGAUCCUUGCACAGCUGCGCCAGCUUCACUCCACUUCGCGCUCGCCUGCUGGCAGUGCCAGUCUCAGCGCCGACGCUGCAGCCGCAUACAGCGAGCCAGCAGCUGCCACGGCUGCCGCUACAGCGUCUGCACCCGCCGACUCGCACUACUCUGACGGCACGUCGCCGUGGGUCGCAGCACACCUCAUCGCUACAUUCGUCCUCGUCUACGCCAUCAUUGUCGUCGGCGGCCUCACGCGCCUUACCGAGAGCGGCCUCUCGAUCACCGAGUGGAACCCGGGCAUGAAGGGCAUGCGCCUGCCCAGCUCGCAGGCCGAGUGGGAGGCCGAGUGGGAGAAGUACAAGGGCACGCCCGAGUUCGUCCUCCUCAACCAGCACAUGACACUCGACGACUUCAAGACCAUCUACGGCUGGGAGUGGGGCCACCGCAUGCUCGGCCGCUUCAUCGGCGUCUUCUUCGUUGUGCCCGCCCUUGCCUUUGCUCUUACCGGCGCUGCCGGCCGCCGCACGCGCUGGAAGCUGCUCGCCAUCGCCAGCGGCAUCGGCUUCCAGGGCGCGCUCGGCUGGUAUAUGGUCAAGUCGGGUCUGACGGCGCCGGAGAUUGCGCCCACGCACCCGAACAGCACGGCACGCCCCGACGGUCAGCAGCGGCUCGAUGCAGACUCGAAGACCGCCGAGUGGACGCCACGUGUCUCGCACUUCCGUCUUGCGGCGCACCUCGGCACGGCCUUCCUGGUCGGCCUCGGCUGCCUGCACACGGCUGCCGUCAUCCUGCGCCCAGGCAUGCACGCUCGCCUUGCCUCGCCGCUGGCUGCUACGAGCAAGGCACUCGCUGCGCCAAGCGUGCGGCGAUAUGCAACGGGCACGCGGGCCAUCACCGCCUUUGUCUUCUUCACCGCCAUCUCGGGCGCGCUCGUUGCCGGCCUCGACGCCGGCCUGGUGUACAACGAGUUCCCGACGAUGGGCGACGGACGCAUUGCGCCGCCCAUGGACGAGCUCAUGGAGGACAAGUACGCGCUGCACGACCCGGACGCUGCUCCAGGCGCGGGCCGCUCAACGUGGCGAACGGCGGUCGGCAACUUCACGAGCAACCCCGUUGCCGUGCAGCUGGCACACCGCACGCUCGCCAUCUCGUCGCUCGUGCUCUGCCUCGGCGUCGGCUGGCGCGGCGCGCGUCUUGCGCGCAUCGCUCGCGCACAGGGCAACCCGCUGCCGCCCGCCGUGCCACGGCUAGCGGUGCUUGCCGCGUCGCUGGCCUCGCUGCAGGCCAGCCUCGGCAUCUGCACGCUCAUCUACCUCGUGCCCAUCGAGCUCGCCAGCGCGCACCAGGCCGGCGCUGUCGCGCUGCUCAGCUCGCUCGUCGCACUCGUUGCCAGCCUGCGUCGCGGACCAAAGACGCUGGCUCAGCCUCUCGCUGCCGCCGCGGCGCGCCCCCGCGAGCAAGUUGUGGCUCAGGCCUUGCGCAACGUGGCCAAGCCGCGUGCUGCCACGCAGCCCUCCCUCUAGACCGCCUCGCCUGCUCCUGUCCACCGCUCACAUCAUUGUACCUCUAUUCUCAUCCUGACUCGCAGAUCUAAUCGCACUCGUGCACAGCC